UGCGUUUCCUGGUUCCUCCGCUUCCUGCAGGUGCGAUGCUGAUUGGUUCCCUGCAUCACAUGCGCGGAAGUGCUUCAAAAGGACAGUGUGUGAGGCAGAAGUGAUAUCACUCCAUUCAGAGGCUCGGGGUGCACUAAACCAUGCAAAACACUAGGAAACUCCUUGUAGCGGUCCUGGGUUACUGUCCCUGGCAUCGUUGCUAUAGGAGGCACAUGGCAACUGCCAUCAGGAUGAGUGUGAGGGACGCACUGGCAAAAACAGACGGAAGCUCAACAGUCAUCAAACUCCAGGGAUGGGUACGGUCUGUUAGGGCCCAAAAAGAAGUUCUGUUUCUACACAUCAAUGAUGGUUCCUCCGUGGAAAAUCUCCAGAUUGUGGCUGAGCCAGAUCUAAAGAACAGCGGUGUAAGUUUUGGGAGCUCAGUUGAAGUCCAGGGGAUUCUGGUGAAGAGUCUGCACAAAAAGCAAAACGUAGAGCUGAAAGCAGAAGACUUACGAAUUAUUGGACCAUGUGAUUCUGUUGAUUUCCCCUUUAAAUUGAAAGAACGGCACAGCCCGGAAUAUGUCAGGCAGUUCCCUCACUUGCGCUGCAGGACUCCCACAUUCAGUUCCCUAUUGCGAAUUCGCAGUGAAGCUACUGCAGCCAUCCAGGAGUUUUUCAAGACAAAUGGAUAUACCCACAUCCACACACCUAUAAUUACCUCAAAUGACUGUGAAGGAGCUGGGGAACUCUUCCAGGUGGAGGCUGCAAACAAGAGUCCUGCUGCUGGAGAACAAACCAGCUUUUUUGAUGUACCUGCAUUCUUGACAGUAUCCGGACAACUCCAUCUUGAAGUCAUGUCAGGAGCGUUUUCCCGCGUGUUCACCUUUGGUCCAACAUUCAGAGCAGAAAAUUCUCAAAGCCGACGGCACCUUGCAGAAUUUUAUAUGGUGGAGGCAGAGAUUUCGUUUACAGAGAGUUUAGAGGACAUCAUGCAGGUUAUGGAGAGCCUUUUUAAAACCACAACCACGGCCUUACUGACACAGUGCCCCGAGGACAUAAACUUCUUCAGUAAAUAUGUGUCUCCUGGGCAGAAGGAACUAUUGGAGAAGCUCCUACAGAAUAAAUUCACUGUGAUGUCUUAUACAGAAGCUAUAAAUGUCCUACAGAAGGCAAAGUGUCCGUUCCACUAUAAACCUGAGUGGGGCUGUGAUUUACAAACAGAACAUGAGAAAUAUUUGGUGAAACACUGCAGAGAUAUUCCCGUGUUUGUAAUCAACUACCCGCUGGAGCUCAAGCCUUUCUAUGCACGGGAUAAUGAAGAUGGGCCACAGCACACAGCUGCUGCUGUGGACCUUCUUGUGCCGGGGAUUGGAGAACUGUUUGGAGGGAGCCUGAGAGAGGAGAGGCCUUACAUUCUGCAGCAACGACUUGACAGAUUAGGGCUCAGAGAUACGUACCAAUGGUAUUUAGACCUACGUCAGUUUGGAUCUGUCCCCCACGGAGGCUUCGGAAUGGGAUUCGAACGCUACUUGCAGUGCAUUCUGGGUGUAGAAAAUAUCAAAGACGUCAUUCCUUUCCCAAGGUUUUCUCAUUCCUGUCUAUUAUAAGGACAUUAAAUG